AUGUCGUUCCUGUUUGGUCGAGCCCGGGCUCGUACCGCAGCCGAUCUCCCGAAACAAGCUCGCGAACAUGUCCUGAAGCUCGAUGGCCCUACCGGCACGGCAAAAGCGGAAGAGCUGUCUCGCGUUCUUGCGCAAAUGAAGGUGAUAUUACAAGGCACGCAAGAAACUGACAGCUCACCGGAACAAAUAUAUCAACUUGUCACUGGAAUGAUAGAUGAAGAUCUCCUCCACUUAUUAGCCGUCAAUCUUCAUCGCUUGCCCUUCGAAUCGCGAAAGGAUACUCAAGUCAUCUUCUCAUACGUGUUUCGAUUUCGUCCCGCGGCGGCGGCUCCAAAGAGUGACCCAAUAGCUCUGUCAUACGUCGUUUGCAAUCGCCCACAGGUCCUUGUAGAGCUGUGCCGUGCCUACGACCAUAAAGAGAGCGCAACUCCCGCUGGAUCAGUGCUCCGUGAACUGCUGAAAAACGAAGCCGCAGCUGCUGUCAUUCUCUAUGAUGACGGCGAUGCGCCGGGAUCUAGUGCAAAAGGUCUAAACGCUAUCGACAGGGAUCGACCCCAGAGCGGACGGGGCAUUUUCUGGAAGUUUUUUGACUGGAUCAACAAGAGCUCUUUCGAAGUCGCUGCUGACGCCUUUACAACAUUCCGGGAGCUUUUAACUCGACACAAAGACCUCGUUCCACGAUAUCUCUCUGCAAACUUCGAGCUUUUCUUCGACAAAUACAAUAAUACACUCGUUCAAUCGAAUAGCUACGUUACGAAGCGUCAGUCCAUCAAGCUGCUCGGCGAGAUCUUAUUAGACCGCUCCAACUACAGUGUCAUGACGGCAUAUGUCGAUAGUGGCGAGCAUUUGAAAAUAUGCAUGAACCUGCUUCGAGACGACCGAAAGAUGGUCCAGUACGAAGGUUUCCAUGUUUUCAAAGUAUUCGUCGCCAAUCCCCAUAAGUCUUUGCCGGUCCAGAAAAUACUUCUGAUGAAUCGUGAUAAACUCUUGACCUUUCUAUCCCAUUUCUUGGAGGACAGAACAGACGACGAACAAUUCAUUGACGAGCGAGAAUUUUUGAUCAAGCAAAUUAGAAAUAUGCCACCAACACCAGUAUCUUCACAGCGAUAG